AUGCUGUGGUGCAAAGAGACCUUUGAGGCGCACUUUGACCCCGCGGAGUGUCGUCUUUUUCCCGUUCAACAGCACCUGUUCGACUUUGUAGACGAGGCCAGGCACGACGGCGACGGCGAUUCCUCGUGCGCGCCGCAUUGGCUUUGCUUCUCUAUCGAGUUCCCGUCCGCAAGGGAUGUGUCGCACCUCCUGUCUCGCCAUGCGCCGACCAACUUAUUCCAGAGACGGCAAUCGUUCCCCAACUGCCUCGCCACUCAACGGAAGCGGGUACGCGAGGACUUCUCCCUUCUCUACGGCGCCACGCCACUGUCGCAGCAGAGCCGCAUGUUCCUCGCCGCCACCCUCGACGGUGUCCGCUCCAUUUUGUCCCGAGUGGAGGCCUGCCAGCUGCACCUCUACGAGAUUAUUCGCGAGGGAAGACCGUGCCACCUCUACCUGGACGUAGAGAGAGAGGCGAAUCAUGUGGCACUGCGGCCUGUCAUCGAGGUCGACGACGACUCGACCUCGUCCUCCGUGGAGGAGGCGGCUGUACUCGUGUACGUUGACGAGGACGUCGGCGGCACCCGGCGCACUGCCUUUCAGUGUUCCCAGCGCCGAUAUCAGGAGCUGCGUCGGCACGCGUCACAUGCCCCGGCUGAGGUAUGCGGAUUAGACUGCUCUGUCGAACCAGAUAAUCUCAACACCUGCGACACCUUGCUAGGCGCACUGGAGUCCUUCGUUCGCGAGCGGCAUCCAUCAUGGGUUCCUUCUGGACUCGAUGCUGACGUGCGGGGAAGUGUCUUCGCGGAUGUGUGGGUGCUGGAGUCUGUUCCUCUCCUUGGCGUCGCGGGCAAGUUCUCGCAACACUACGUUCUCAAGCUGCACGGCAGCAUGUUCGACUCCACCAACUCUGUGAAGGUGUUUGUGCGUGAAUUUGUGGCGCACAUGAGCGAGCGAGCCGCGCAGGAUCCACAAGUUCAUGGCGCUCUCUUCUUUCACAAGCCCCCUGUCUGGUACCCGGCAUUUCGCGAGUUAUCACUGGAUUACCCCCGCAACACACUUCCCUACCUCCCGCGGCGGUGCGUGAUUGACGAAGCUGUGUACUCUAAGAAUCGCAUGAUGCGAUGCGUCGGCAGCUGCAAGCUGGGCAAGCAGAGUGUUCUGCUACCUUAUCGUCACUAUGUCGACGGCGCUUGCGUUGAACACUUCGUGAAUUCGAACCAAGUUGCAUCAGUAUCCUUCGAUGUUUUUAUGAGCACCUUGAUAGCACAUGGUGUUGCCAGUGACGCCGCGUCGGUUUCCCUCCUGCGGCUCUCUGAGAAGGAUGAUGCAUUGAGGAGCACGCCAGCCCGUGCGGCGCCUGUGCGCGCCGGCGAGGCAUCUGUUCCGACAACGCUUGACCCAGCGGCACUCGAUGUGAGCAUCGCCGACCUCAUGUCGAGCUUGGAGAGAGUGUAUUCACAAAUUGCAACCUGCGCAUGCCGGGUGUCGCAGCCGCAGAGUCUCCAGGGCCGGUUUCUCAGCUUUUCUGUACGUGGAACGCGGUAUUGCCAAAACAUCGGGCGUGAGCACAAGUCGAACAACGUCUACCUUGUGGUGGAUUUGAAGCGUAGGACAUUUGUGCAAAAGUGCUUCGACCCAGAGUGCGCCUUUUAUCGAUCCCCACCCCUUCCUCUCGGUGGCACUCCCCAAGCUACGUAA